CAGGGAUUGAUCACGUGGGCACAAAGAUGGCGGCGCCCAUAGCUGAACACGGGGGCAAGGUAAGUAUAAACACACACACCUACCGAGAAAGGCUGUAUAACAUUAUAUCUGAGGUAGCCUGGCCAGACAGCUAAUAACACAGUGAUAGGAGGACUGGAUUUCAUUCCUUGUGUCCCUUAGUGGGAGACAGGCUGUAUAACAUUAUAUCUGAGGUAGCCUGGCCAGACAGCUAAUAACACAGUGAUGGGAGGACUGGAUUUCAUUCCUUGUGUCCCUUAGUGGGAGACAGGCUGUAUAACAUUAUAUCUGAGGUAGCCUGGCCAGACAGCUAAUAACACAGUGAUGGGAGGACUGGAUUUCACUCCUUGUGUCCCUUAGUGGGAGACAGGCUGUAUAACAUUAUAUCUGAGGUACCUGGCCAGACAGCUAAUAACACAGUGAUGGGAGGACUGGAUUUCACUCCUUGUGUCCCUUAGUGGGAGACAGGCUGUAUAACAUUAUAUCUGAGGUAGCCUGGCCAGACAGCUAAUAACACAGUGAUGGGAGGACUGGAUUUCACUCCUUGUGUCCCUUAGUGGGAGACAGGCUGUAUAACAUUAUAUCUGAGGUAGCCUGGCCAGACAGCUAAUAACACAGUGAUAGGAGGACUGGAUUUCAUUCCUUGUGUCCCUUAGUGAGAGACAGGCUAUAUAACAUUAUAUCUGAGGUAGCCUGGCCAGGCAGCUAAUAACACAGUGAUGGGAGGACUGGAUUUCACUCUCUGUGUCCCUUAGUGGGAGACAGGCUGUAUAACAUUAUAUCUGAGGUAGCCUGGCCAGACAGCUAAUAACACAGUGAUGGGAGGACUGGAUUUCACUCCUUGUGUCCCUUAGUGGGAGACAGGCUGUAUAACAUUAUAUCUGAGGCAGUCUGGCCAGACAGCUAAUAACACAGUGAUGGGAGGACUGGAUUUCACUCCUUGUGUCCCUUAGUGGGAGACAGGCUGUAUAACAUUAUAUCUGAGGUAGCCUGGCCAGACAGCUAAUAACACAGUGAUGGGAGGACUGGAUUUCACUCCUUGUGUCCCUUAGUGGGAGACAGGCUGUAUAACAUUAUAUCUGAGGUAGUCUGGCCAGACAGCUAAUAACACAGUGAUGGGAGGACUGGAUUUCACUCCUUGUGUCCCUUAGUGGAGACAGGCUGUAUAACAUUAUAUCUGAGGUAGUCUGGCCAGACAGCUAAUAACACAGUGAUGGGAGGACUGGAUUUCAUUCCUUGUGUCCCUUAGUGGGAGACAGGCUGUAUAACAUUAUAUCUGAGGUAGCCUGGCCAGACAGCUAAUAACACAGUGAUGGGAGGACUGGAUUUCAGUCCUUGUGUCCCUUAGUGGGAGACAGGCUGUAUAACAUUAUAUCUGAGGCAGCCUGGCCAGACAGCUAAUAACACAGUGAUGGGAGGACUGGAUUUCAUUCCUUGUGUCCCUUAGUGGGAGACAGGCUGUAUAACAUUAUAUCUGAGGUAACCUGGCCAGACAGCUAAUAACACAGUGAUGGGAGGACUGGAUUUCAUUCCUUGUGUCCCUUAGUGGGAGACAGGCUGUAUAACAUUAUAUCUGAGGUAGCCUGGCCAGACAGCUAAUAACACAGUGAUGGGAGGACUGGAUUUCACUCCUUGUGUCCCUUAGUGGCAGACAGGCUGUAUAACAUUAUAUCUGAGGUAGCCUGGCCAGACAGCUAAUAACACAGUGAUGGGAGGACUGGAUUUCACUCCUUGUGUCCCUUAGUGGGAGACAGGCUGUAUAACAUUAUAUCUGAGGUAGUCUGGCCAGACAGCUAAUAACACAGUGAUGGGAGGACUGGAUUUCACUCUCUGUGUCCCUUAGUGGGAUACAGGCUGUAUAACAUUAUAUCUGAGGUAGCCUGGCCAGACAGCUAAUAACACAGUGAUGGGAGGACUGGAUUUCACUCCUUGUGUCCCUUAGUGGGAGACAGGCUGUAUAACAUUAUAUCUGAGGUAGCCUGGCCAGACAGCUAAUAACACAGUGAUGGGAGGACUGGAUUUCAUUCCUUGUGUCCCUUAGUGGGAGACAGGCUGUAUAACAUUAUAUCUGAGGCAGCCUGGCCAGACAGCUAAUAACACAGUGAUGGGAGGACUGGAUUUCAUUCCUUGUGUCCCUUAGUGGCAGACAGGCUGUAUAACAUUAUAUCUGAGGCAGUCUGGCCAGACAGCUAAUAACACAGUGAUGGGAGGACUGGAUUUCACUCCUUGUGUCCCUUAGUGGCAGACAGGCUGUAUAACAUUAUAUCUGAGGCAGCCUGGCCAGACAGCUAGUAACACAGUGAUGGGAGGACUGGAUUUCAUUCCUUGUGUCCCUUAGUGGGAGACAGGCUGUAUAACAUUAUAUCUGAGGCAGUCUGGCCAGACAGCUAAUAACACAGUGAUGGGGGGACUGGAUUUCAUUCCUUGUGUCCCUUAGUGGGAGACAGGCUGUAUAACAUUAUAUCUGAGGCAGCCUGGCCAGACAGCUAAUAACACAGUGAUGGGAGGACUGGAUUUCACUCCUUGUGUCCCUUAGUGGGAGACAGGCUGUAUAACAUUAUAUCUGAGGUAGCCUGGCCAGACAGCUAAUAACACAGUGAUGGGAGGACUGGAUUUCACUCUCUGUGUCCCUUAGUGGGAGACAGGCUGUAUAACAUUAUAUCUGAGGUAGCCUGGCCAGACAGCUAAUAACACAGUGAUGGGAGGACUGGAUUUCACUCCUUGUGUCCCUUAGUGGGAGACAGGCUGUAUAACAUUAUAUCUGAGGCAGCCUGGCCAGACAGCUAAUAACACAGUGAUGGGAGGACUGGAUUUCACUCCUUGUGUCCCUUAGUGGGAGACAGGCUGUAUAACAUUAUAUCUGAGGCAGUCUGGCCAGACAGCUAAUAACACAGUGAUGGGAGGACUGGAUUUCACUCCUUGUGUCCCUUAGUGGGAGACAGGCUGUAUAACAUUAUAUCUGAGGUAGCCUGGCCAGACAGCUAAUAACACAGUGAUGGGAGGACUGGAUUUCAUUCCUUGUGUCCCUUAGUGGGAGACAGGCUGUAUAACAUUAUAUCUGAGGCAGCCUGGCCAGACAGCUAAUAACACAGUGAUGGGAGGACUGGAUUUCACUCCUUGUGUCCCUUAGUGGGAGACAGGCUGUAUAACAUUAUAUCUGAGGCAGCCUGGCCAGACAGCUAAUAACACAGUGAUGGGAGGACUGGAUUUCACUCCUUGUGUCCCUUAGUGGGAGACAGGCUGUAUAACAUUAUAUCUGAGGUAGUCUGGCCAGACAGCUAAUAACACAGUGAUGGGAGGACUGGAUUUCAUUCCUUGUGUCCCUUAGUGGCAGACAGGCUGUAUAACAUUAUAUCUGAGGUAGCCUGGCCAGACAGCUAAUAACACAGUGAUGGGAGGACUGGAUUUCACUCCUUGUGUCCCUUAGUGGAGACAGGCUGUAUAACAUUAUAUCUGAGGUAGCCUGGCCAGACAGCUAAUAACACAGUGAUGGGAGGACUGGAUUUCACUCCUUGUGUCCCUUAGUGGGAGACAGGCUGUAUAACAUUAUAUCUGAGGCAGCCUGGCCAGACAGCUAAUAACACAGUGAUGGGAGGACUGGAUUUCACUCCUUGUGUCCCUUAGUGAGAGACAGGCUGUAUAACAUUAUAUCUGAGGUAGCCUGGCCAGACAGCUAAUAACACAGUGAUGGGAGGACUGGAUUUCACUCUCUGUGUCCCUUAGUGAGAGACAGGCUGUAUAACAUUAUAUCUGAGGUAGUCUGGCCAGACAGCUAAUAACACAGUGAUGGGAGGACUGGAUUUCAUUCCUUGUGUCCCUUAGUGGCAGACAGGCUGUAUAACAUUAUAUCUGAGGCAGUCUGGCCAGACAGCUAAUAACACAGUGAUGGGAGGACUGGAUUUCACUCCUUGUGUCCCUUAGUCUACACAUGCAAUACAGUGGAUCUGCAUUUAAAUCAUAAUCAUUUGCAAGUUUGUUUUUGUCUUUUUAGAGAAUCCUACGUCAUGGUAUCCGUUGUUCCUUUUCCCGAGUGCAAUCUUGCAGACGGCGCUUGUGUACCUUACCCAGCAAUGAGGAAGCUCCACGCUACAAUGUUGUGGUGGUUGGGGGAGGGCAUGCUGGCACGGAGGCUGCAGCCGCAGCUGCGCGGACCGGUGCCAAAACAUUACUAGUGACACACAAGAUUGAAACAAUAGGUAAUUUGGUGUUACUGUUACAUUCUAAACGUAUAUCCUUCAUCACUUCAUUUAUCAGCCAGUACAUCUAUAGUCCAUUUAAGCUAAAGAGCCAAAAUACAGCCGUUUCUGACAUGUGCCAUCAUAGUACCUUUGACCACCUGUAUUUCUUUAUAAGCGGAACUUUUAUGCAAGCGCCCUCCUAUUAUCGUUUUACCUUUUCCUUUAUGUACCUGUUUGUGUUCAUGCAGGUCAGAUGUCCUGUAAUCCAUCUUUUGGGGGCAUUGGGAAGGGACACCUCAUAAGGGAGGUGGAUGCCCUGGAUGGUGUUUGCGGAAGAAUCUGUGACAUUUCUGGAAUUCACUAUAAGGUCUUAAACAGGUGUAAGGGACCUGCAGUGUGGGGGCUGCGGGCCCAGAUUGAUAGGACGAUGUACAGGCAAAAAAUGCAGGUGAGUAAUCUGAAAUUGGAGACCUAAGCAAAUCUAAUGUGCGCCCUAUGAGUGCAUGUUAUGAAAAUACAUGAUGGUUAUAAUUUCUAUGAUCUUUGCAUUCAUGGUUUCCCCACAGUCUUGGUGACAGAACUCAUAAUAUAAUGAUAGAACUAUUAUGCUGUCUACAUAUUAGUAGACAAACUCCCAUCUCCCUCAGAUGUCUGUAUGUACAAACAAAAACCAAUCAAAAAUAGGUUACUUGUACAGUGUCCAAACCUAAGUGUAUGCUUCAAGAUCAUUUUAUUUCCACUAAAAAUGUUACCAGGACUGAAAACUGUUAAGUCCUACACUACUGGCCAUGCCGGAAAAACUACACUUCAUUGCUAAUCUGUAGGGUCCCUGACACACUAACCGGUGCUGGAUUUUCACUCCCCAGUAGUUGGUGCACGUGUAGAAGUUUUGAGCCCUGCAUUGUAUGAAGAUAAUGUGUACUUUUUCAGGCGAACACAGAGGGCAAAAAUGUUACACUUCUUCUGGUUUCUAUUCAUUCCAGAGAGGGAUGAAGGCUGUAAAACACAUAUCAUAAUAUACACGUUAUAUUCAAAUCAUUAAAGGGUUAUUUCAAACAUCAUGAUCACUUCAGUGUUUCAAAGUGGUCAUGGUGACUGGAGACUGUAUGUGCAGCAUUUCACAAUAAAACGCUGCACAGACUGAGUUUAACCCCUUUGCUGUAGUAUGUGUAACUUAAUCUCCGGCAGUGUCAUUGGGGCAUCACUAACCAGGCCGGAGCUAGAGCUCUAGGCUGGCUAAUAUCAAUUUUGCAUUCAUUGACUGAUAGCAAUCAGCUGACUCUCUCAGCCAGUGAAUAAUUGGCAUCCAGCUUCUGCAGUUCUGCAGAAUCCGGAUCUUGUAAAGCUGUCUACAGAGAAGACCCGGAACCCGACGGGAUAUGGGUAAGAGGGCAAACCAUUGCAAAACAUUUUGCUCACUUACGGAGGAACAGCGCCAGAGUACUCCUACCAUCACAACCACUGCAGCGAUCUGUAGAAGUGAUGAUGGUUGGAAUAACCUAUUUGUGCGUUUUGAGACAGUCCUACGGGAAAAUCUUGUAAGUUGGAGUUGAUAUCUGAAUCUUGUAAAUAUUUAGUACAAUAUGACAAUGUGAAUUUGGAUUUUUUUUUUCUCAUUUGUCCAGGAAGAAAUUCUGAACACGCCAGGUUUAACUGUGAGAGAGGGAUCAGUGGAAGAUCUUUUAUUGAAACCUCCAGAUCCCAAUUUACCAGGCAAAUGCCAAGUUAAUGGAGUCCUAUUGGGUAUGUCUUAUUUUUCCUUAUGAAAGGGUGCCACGUUCCCAUUCUGUAUUCUGUAAUUUUCUGUCUAGGAAUCACAGGCCAUAUUAUUUUCUUGCUUUUCUUAUUAUAGAUGAUGACAGUCAGGUAUUGGCGAGCAGCGUGGUGCUCACAAAUGGUACAUUCCUUCGUGGGACAGUUAAAAUAGGCACUGAGACACUGCCUGCGGGGCGUUGGGGGGAGAAGCCCUCAGUUGGCCUGGCACAGACAUUGGAACGUUUGGGGUUCACAGUUGGCAGGCUGAAGACCGGAACCCCACCUCGCAUUGCUAAAGCCUCUGUGGAUUUUAGUGUUUUAGAAAGGCAUGAUGCUGAUAACCCUCCAGUACCAUUCAGCUUUAUGAAUGAGAAUGUCUGGAUCAAGGUAUAGUGAAUAUUUCAUAUUAAUAUAUUUUUGCAGCAUGCAGUUUGAGAACGUUCAGGGUAAUUGGUUACUGUUAUUAAAUCCAUAGAAUGUAAAGGACUAGAAAUCAUGAGGGUAGUGGGAUAAUCAGGGUAGCAGAAAAUAUUUUUUGGGGAUUUGAAUAAAGGGCAACCAUCACAAGUUAAAUUGUUCGGCUACUGAGGAAGUCAUCACACCCUGGUUAGAUUGAGCUGACCGUUAUGUGAAUGAGAGGCAUGAUGCACACAAUGAGUCAAUUUUCAGAGAUUUGAAUAAGGAAAUGUGAGAUUGUGUGGACAGAGGAUCAAUAACUAUCUUCGGAUACUAGGUAGUUGAUGGCCACCUGGGAUUGAAACAUUAUAAAUGGCAGUAACCAGUUAAUUCUUGCAGUGUGUAAUGUUUGGCACAUGUGGCUGCUAUCCCGUGCUCACGUGUAUUAUUCUGUGAAGCUGCUUCAUUCAAUCAGCAGACAGAUAUGUAGCGGUAUGCUUACUCUCUGUCUGUCUGUGUUUUCUCUUCUUUUAAAAUUGUUGUUUGGUGCCUGGAGUGUCCCUUUAUUGCCAUUUUAUUUGACACCAAUCUCCCUUAUCCUUUUAAGUACGUAUAUAAAGGUGCUGUUUCACAUUCUGUAUUCACAGCCUGACCAGCAGCUUCCAUGUCAUAUGACUCACACAACAGCUGGCGUGGAGCAAAUUAUCCGGGAAAACCUUCAUCUGAGCAACCAUGUCAAGGAGACCACUGCUGGACCCAGGUGAGGGAUGCCAGCCCAUGCCUGCCAUCGGAUUGCUUAGUGUCUUGCAUGUUUUGUGCUAAUUUGCUGUUUCUGUAGGUAUUGCCCCUCCAUCGAAUCCAAGAUUUUACGGUUCCCAGGCAGGUGUCACCAGGUCUGGCUGGAGCCAGAGGGGCUUGAUUCGGAUGUGAUAUACCCCCAGGGGCUGUCGGUGACCAUACCGGCUGAAGCUCAAGAGAGACUCUUGCAGGAGAUCCCGGGGCUACAGAACGUACAGGUGCUGAGGCCAGGUAUGUAUUUCCAAAGGCUAUAAAGUCUUACUAGAGAAACCAUAGGACUAAUAUCCGGGUUAGGUAACCUAACCUUUAGGUAAUAACCUCUUAAUCUAACUUUGGCAACCUGGCUGGUUAAGCAUAGUAGGUUUUGUAGUCCAUUAAUUACUUCAUCUCUAAAUAGGCCCCAGUAGAAGGCUUGACAAAGUCUUCUUUCUACUGAACUAAUUACAAAUCGGUCUACUUGUGAUAACUCUACUUAUGUUGCUGUCUUUUGAAGAAUAAAGUGUUUGUUUAACAGUUUUUGUGACAGUUUAACUAUCCAGUGUCCUCCUUCCUGAUCAGGUUAUGGGGUACAGUAUGAUUUUCUAGACCCUCGUCAGCUCCGAACGUCAUUGGAAACUUUCAUGGUCCAGGGUCUAUUCUUGGCUGGACAGAUCAAUGGCACAACUGGAUAUGAAGAGGCAGCUGCCCAGGUACAUUGCAUGUGCUUCUCUGGAGUGCUUUAAUGCUGUCCUCUGAUUUAUUAUCAAACUGUUUAGGAAAAGUUUCAAGUAGAACACAGCACUUCUUGGCACCCAGGGAUUACCUGUAACUUUGACACAUUGAUAAUGUGGAAUUGACACGUCUGCAUUAUCAGUCUGUUUAGUCACACCUGGACAUCGGCUGAAAGCUGUGGGCUAAGUCUUCCCCAAUAAUCUCAGCCAAUCAGUGUCAUCCAGGUUGUAAAAACUGACAUGGAUAAUGUGGAGGUGUCCCACAAUAUUAAUCUGUCUACGCACGGUCCCUGAUCUUUGAAAAGAGCCUUGUUUUAUCAAAUCGAUUUUUAAAUGGUUUAAAACAGUGAGAUAUGUGAGUUGUGGUGAUGUCAUUUUACAGGACCCUUUUAAAUUGCACUUUUCUGUAAGUUUGUCGUGCCUGCAAAAUCCUUCAAAGAACUUCACCAUGGAAGGAAAAAAACAACUUCAAAAUAAAUAUGCAAUAUUCUUGGCCAUUUUGAACAAACUCGCCAGUAACACUCAUUGAGUCUCUCAAAUGAUCAGGAACACAAAGAAUGUAGGUUAUUAAGUAGUGUUUAUAUCUGUCUGACAUAUCAACAUGUGUUGAUAGUUCUGUUGUCUCCUUCACUGGUAGAUUCUCUUUCCCUCUUCUUUUAGAUGUGGAGUAAAAUAACAGUUUAUCUGGGAUGGGGGGUGGAGUGGAUCAAGUUACCACAGAGAUGCCAUAACAAUUUUCUCUAUUACAGGGUGUGAUUGCUGGAAUUAAUGCUGCGUUAAAGGUAAAAGGUCGCCCUCCUUUCUCUGUAAGCCGCACGGAAGGUUAUAUUGGAGUUCUGAUUGAUGAUCUCACUACUCAAGGCACCCGAGAACCAUAUCGUAUGUUCACAAGCCGUGCAGAGUUCCGGAUGUCUCUCCGGCCUGACAAUGCCGACGCCAGGCUUACCUUAAGAGGUAAAGAGGUGGAAAAUGUAACUGUGAAUUCUGCUGGAUACUGCUCUGCACUUCUUUUAAAUGUCACUUUUUUGAUGGUUCACUUAUCAAUUUUCCUGUUACCUAUUUUUUAUUUUUUUUUACUUUGUUUUGAAAACAUCACCUAUUAUGUUUGUAUUGUGUCUUGUCUCUUGUGCAGAUCUGCAGAAUAAGUUGGCUCAAUUUAAAUUUAGUAUUUUCUAACAAGCUGUCUUAACCCCCACAUUAGCUUAUGAAGAAGCAGGCUGCAUAUCUCAGGACCGUUAUAAUCGUGCUUGGACCACCCAAAAGAUUCUGAGUGAGGGUCUUUCUACACUCCGCUCUCUGCAGCUUUCUUCCUAUAAAUGGCGUCAUCUCAUUCCCGGAUCCCCCAUUAGCUACUCAAAUGGAUCCAUUCUCAGGUAAUCUUUUCACCACCACAGUAAUCUGUGCUUUCUUUUAAAUUGAACUUGUUUUCCACAAAUACUAUCACUAUUGGUAAGUAUAAUUUGAAUGUAUGCCAUGACAGGUAUAGAUUAAAACCUAUAUUAAUCAAAACAUUGUAGACCGGACACGGCAACUAUGCUCAGUAUGCCACUCCCUUUCCAUAAAUAGCAAAUAAUUACUUUUAAACUCUUCAUUUGCUAGUGGUGGCUAUCACAAAGAAAAUGACAUAAAUGUAUUUUUAUAAGCACAGGUGGACUCUAAAUAUCCCCUCCCUGGUGUCGUUGAAUAUGAGGAAAAUUUUAAUUCCAGCUUAUCAGUUCCUUAAUAGAUAUCCUGUCAUUUUCUCGCUCCUGCAGUGCGGCAGAUGUGUUACGAUAUCAGGCGUUGAACUUGGAUAUGAUAUGCAAGGUUUUCCCUGAAGCCUUAGAGAAAUUUGCGGAAAGGCGAGAGAUUGCUCAGCGUUUAAAGAUUGAAGGUAAGCAUUUGUACAAUGGAUACUGUAAUCGAAUUGCAAAAAGUGUUUUGUUUUUUUAAAGAAGCAAGAUUAGCUAGAAUUUUUACAUCCAUGUUUACAAUCAGGUGUUUUGUUUUUUUAAACCUAGUUUACAUUUUUAAUAUUUUCAGUUUUUGUUUUUUUUUCUUGCACAAAUUCAAAACCAUUUAGCCCUAAACUAGGAAUGUAUUGAAAAGUCACACCUAAAAUCCAUUUAAAAUAAUAAUAAUAAUAAUAAUAAAAAAUACAUAAAAGGCAAAAUAGAGUAUAAUUUGGAACUGAUGAUACUGGAUGUCAGAUUCAGGCCUCUAGCUGCUGUCUAUAUGACAGUGACUAGUAGGAGUGGAAACUGCAAAAUGUAAAUAGUGCCAUUUCUUAAAAAAAAUAAAAAUAGGGGCAUGGCCUAACUCCGCAUGGCAGCAGUCGCAUAAUUUGGAAGCUCCGCCAUUACGUGGGCUUACACAGCGUGGAAACCAGCGAUACUCACCCACCACAUCUCCCGCAAGCCGGCGAGGGAACAGGGGAGGACAUGACCACUAAAUCCUCCAAAAAACUAAAACAGAAGACGCUGCACUCUCACCUCACGAUGGGGAACAAUGGCGUCCAAGAUGGCGCCGACGAAGCGCACUAUUCCGCCUCGGAUCACGAGAGUGGAGAAAGCCUGGACCCCCCUGGCACCCCCAACAACCACCUAGCCACUGAUGCCUCAGUGAGCAGCAUGCUACAGUCGCUCCAGACCAAUCUAAGGUCGGAUUUUUCCAAGAUGGCGGCGGACGUCAGGGCAGACAUUCAGGCCCUGGGAGACAGAACAGCACACUUGGAGGAGGCAACGGAGGGGUUGAGAGAGGCCCAUAAUGAGCUGGCAGAAGCGCACACAGCAUUGCAGCGAAAAGUACAAUUCCUAGAGAGCAAAAUCGCUGAUAACGAGGACAGGGACAGAAGAAACAAUAUACGGCUACGAGGUGUCCCUGAAACAGUGGGCCCUCAAGAUCUGGCUACAUUUGUCAAAGAGCUGUUCAAGGCGCUCAUUCCGGCAUUGGAAACCUCAGACCUGCGCUUAGACCGCACUCACAGAUUACCGAAGCCGAAGCAAUUACCUCCAACUACACCGAGAGAUGUAAUCACCAGAAUUCAUUACUUUGAGGUCAAAGACCGCCUAAUGCAAGCAUCCAGAUCUAACCCAUCAUUGCCAAAGCCGUUUGCUGAUAUCAAACUGUUCAUUGACCUGUCAGCGGCAACCAUGACCAAGAGACGAGCGUUUGCACCUGUAACCGCAGCGCUUAGGAAUGCUGCUAUCCCGUACAAAUGGGGAUAUCCCACGAAGAUACUACUGAAACGAAAUGGAGUGGAUUUGGUGAUCUUUACCCCACGAGACGGCGCAAAAUUGCUCAAAGAAUGGAACAUCCCAAUGGCUCGACUUGACGUAACCAGUUCUCCAGCACCCUCAUCACCCAGAAAGCAACCCCGGGACUACCGACCUAUCCCAUGGCACGCGGCAGACCCACAGAUGACGCCACACCACUAAGCGAGGCCCAAGGAUGUAGAACACCACUGAUGGAGUACAGAUAUGUAUCCCACACAAGAACUAUACAAACUGGUUCCCCCCCGGUGCACCCUCGCAGCUGUGCUCACUUGCAAGGUGUCUCACAGCCGAGAGCCCACCCAGGCGGAGAACCGCUUUACUGUUUACGUUACUUGAUUGGCACUGUUAUUCUCUUUUCCUAGAGUUAAUUGUACUGUUAAGAAAUAUUACCUAUACGGUGUAUCAAUAGAGGGACGCACACGUAUAGCGUUGCGCCCGGUAAUUCAGGGCACUAUAAUCCAAACAAAAAAAACAAAAAAAAAACUUUUUCUUUAUUAUAGGUAACAUAGGAAAACCGUAACCGGUAAUACCUACCAGCACCCACAGAGCCCCACUCGGCUUACUAAGUAAGCCAUUUCAUUACCCGUCGGCAGAUUCCUGCACUAAGCCACCCGGCUAACGGGUUUUGUAUAUAGUUCAAGUUAUAUUGUUGUACGUUGAACCCUACCACACCCCCCCAAAACCCCACCCACGCAAUCAACGAAAUAAGGUGACACUAGGGGCUGAGUAACACGGCGUAGCCUUUACCUCUCUGCCCACCUAAUUAUAGCGGUGAGGAUGUCAAUCACUGUACUUUCUCUCAAUGCCAAAGGGCUGAACACGCCCCAUAAACGAAGACUGGCACUUUUAGAAGCCAAAAAAUGUAAGGCGCAGGUAGCCUUCUUUCAAGAAACCCAUUUUAAAUGGGGCUCACGGCCUAAAUUUAACUCCCCCUGGUUUCCGAUAGAUCACCACUCCUGCUGCUCCACAAAAAAAAGAGGAGUCUCUAUUUUAAUAAGUAGGAACGUCACCUUCGAGCUGGUCCGUAAGAUUAGCGAUAAGAAAGGUAGAUAUCUCAUCAUUCAGUGUCACCUUAACAACAACCCCUUCACAUUAAUGAAUGUAUAUGGACCUAACGCUAACCAAGAAAUGUUUUUGCACCGAAUAUUUGCCUUGUUGAAUAUGUACAGCUUUGGGGAGGUAAUACUUGGAGGCGAUACCAACUUUCUCCUAGAUAGCUUUAAAGAUUCCUCUGCCUCACAUACUAUAACACCCAACACCUCUAAGAAACGGCUCGCACAAUCGCAUAACAUACGCGAUAUCCUAGCAACACAUGAUUACGUAGACCCUUGGAGAAUUACACACCCCAAUGAAACUGAUUACACAUGUCAUACGGCGGUACACAAUAGCUACUCCAGAAUAGAUAGGUUCUUGGUCAGAACCACUUCCCUCCUCAAGAUACUAGACACUACCAUAGGGGACAUCACAUGGUCCGACCACGCACCAAUCACGUUAACGCUCAAGGACCAGUUCCCUCAGACUGGCCAGAGAACUUGGAGGUUAAACAACACCUUGUUAACAAGCACACACAUAGUCCAGGAAGUCACACAGGACCUACAAAACUACUUUGAGGACAAUGAUAAGCAAAACACUGAUCCGGAUUAUGUCUGGCUAGCACACAAGGCGGUCAUUAGAGGCAGCUUCAUAAAGCAUGCAAGCCAUGCCUACAAGACACAAAAAGCACAAUACUUAGCCCUUAUCAACGAGAUCAAACACACCACACACAAUAACAAACAUGCACCCACCCCUGAGACACAACGAAAGCUCUUGAGCUUGCAAACACAAUUACGAGAUAUAGAGUUAACCAAAACAACCUACCUUUUACGAAAAUCAAAACACAAAUUCUUCGCGGCAGGGAAUAAAGCAGGCGCUAAACUAGCGGCGCAAUUAAAACAAAAAACGAUCGCCUCCAGGAUUGCCUACCUCACCGAUGGAAAAGGUCACAAAACUAUUGACCCACGAGAAAUUGUUAAUAUGUUUGCAAAUUACUAUCGUCAGCUAUACAAUUUAAAUGAAGAGGGUACCACUAAGGUCCCAACUGUAGCGGACAUAGACGGAUUCCUACAGGACCUCUGCUUGCCCUCCCUGACACCGACCGCAAUACAAUCACUACGACAGCCUAUCUCCUUAGAAGAGAUCACUUCGGUGAUCAAAGACUUACCCGUUGACAAAUCACCUGGACCCGACGGUCUCACCAAUGCCUAUUACAAAUUAUUUGCGAAUACCCUCUCCCCGCACUUGUUGAAACUAUACAGACAGAGUAAUGACAGAGGAGCCCUACCGGCUGAAGUACUCCUAGCACAUAUAUCCACCCUCCCCAAGCCAGGGAAACCACCGACACACUGUAAAAAUUUCAGACCCAUCUCCUUACUAAAUGGGGAUGCUAAAAUCUACGCCAAGAUCCUUAGUAACAGAAUAGCACCACUCCUCAGAAACUUAGUACAUAACGACCAGUCAAGGUUUGUCAGGGGACGGCAGGGCUCAGACAACACCAGACGAAUCCUCAAUAUACUGACACAUAUGGAAAAAAACAACACAGGGGGCCUUCUCUUGGCGCUAGACGCGGAGAAGGCCUUCGACCGCCUCAAUUGGAAGUACAUGUCUGAAGUCCUGGGGAGGUACGGAUUUCCGCCCGAAAUGAUUAGAGGAAUAGAGGCGCUGUAUAGCGCACCAGCGGCGAAGGUCUCCAACGGAGGCUUUACGUCUGACAAAUUCUCUAUUACUAAUGGGACGCGCCAAGGUUGCCCCUUGUCCCCCCUCCUCUACAUUUUAUCGCUGGAACCUCUGGCGCUAAAGAUCCGUAUGAAUCCUGACAUAAGAGGAGUAACAGUGACAGGCCAGGAACACAAACUGGCAUUGUUUGCCGACGACGUCUUGGUGUCAUUAACAGACCCAGAGAAGUCAUUGCCACACCUUAUGAACACACUUACCGACUUCGGCUUAGUUUCCCACUAUAAACUCAACCAAGAUAAAACUCAGGCACUGACGGUUAACCUACCAUUAGAACGCACGCAGACACUACAACGACAACACCAAUUUGACUGGAGACUCUCAUCCCUCACAUACUUAGGGGUCAAAAUCGCAACUUCCAUAGCAAAAAUCGUAAAAUUAAAUUACCUACCCUUACCACACAUGUGCAAGGCGGACACCCUAAAAUGGAAACACGUACACCUAUCCUGGCUAGGAAGGAUUAACGCCUUCAAAAUGUCUAUAUUACCCAAAAUUCUUUAUGUUUUCCGUAUGCUACCUCUCACGGUAUCACAACCUCUGCUUAAGAGCAUACAACACACGUGCAACACCUUUAUAUGGGACAAUAAAAAGCCCAGGAUCCCUCACAGACUUCUGUACACUCAGGUCAAACAAGGAGGAGUGGGACUACCAAACAUUAACCAAUAUUAUAAAGCGACAGCGCUAACAGCCGGCAUAAUGCUACACUCUCCUAAAGGGGACAUCAGCUGGGUAGACAUGGAAAAUGCCCAACUAAAAGCAUUAAAUAUAGUUGAUGUCCUAUGGACGCCUAAACACCUACGGAUCCCCAAACUAGACCUAUUUCACUCAACAUCUCUGACACUUCGUAUAUGGGACACGUUUAUGGCCACAAUGGGGUGCAAACUUUCCUUCCAUCCCCGGGCACCACUGACUGCCCUAAGAACCGCAUCCCCCGAUCUCCCUCUAACAAGGUGGACUAAGGCAGGAAUCACCAACGUCCAACACCUAGUAGACAAUAAAGGCGUAAUAGCAUUCGCGGAUAUACAGGCCAAAUGGCACCUACCGAUGAGGGAGGUAUUUACCUACCUAAGACUCAAAGGGACCAUACUGACUCAUGUGAACCUACACAACAGUACUCGGGAGCAAUCACUAGUGGCGGGCGGGAUUUUGGACAGAUGCUGGGCCGCACCAAAUAAACCAAAAGCCAUCUCCCUCUCUUACAAAAUGUGGGAGACCACACUACCACAACACACACCCCUCUGUAAGACUAAAUGGGAGGAGGACUGCUCCCUUCAACUCUCAGAGGACGACUGGGUCAGAGCACUAAAUAGCCUCUCAAAACUCACUAGAUGUUACACACACAUAGAAGCACAUAGGAAGCUACUGUAUAGGUGGUACAUGACGCCAAGUCGGUUACAUAAAAUAUACCCCAGUGUGACACCGACAUGCUGGAGGUGUUCAAGGGACACCGGUACAUUCCUCCACAUAUGGUGGACAUGUCCAGUGAUUCAACCCCUCUGGACAGAGGUUAGGAGAUUGCUGAAUAAAUUGGGCAUGACAAACCUAUUGCCAAGCCCGCAAACAUACCUCAUGCUUAUGCUCCCCAGUGAUCUUGCUAGAGAACACAGACAGGUAUGCGCCAUCACGAUACUGGCGGCCAGGAACCUUCUAGCGACGAACUGGAAGUCGCACCUAUGUCCAUCUAAAACACAACUAUGGGACAAGAUUCAACAAUACCAUGUCUAUGAACGAAUGACGAUGACCCAUAUUAUAGAAUCACAACAGUUCCAUUCAACAUGGAAACAGUGGACAUGCUUAUACGACCAAGCCACAAACCCCCAAACUCCACCUUGAGACCGUUAAGUAUGGCCUGACAGACUGUACCAGCACGCAACACCGUGCUUAAAGAACCAACCUUUAUUUUCCCGCACCAGACUGCUUUGCCCACAAACACCCAACAACGGGUAAAUAAUACGUGAGUGUAAAACUAUACUAUGCAACCUCAAUUAUGCGUAUAUCAGGUAUAUUGUUAUUGCGGACAUAGCCGCCUGCGAAGCCCUAAAUGUCACUGUCGAAAAUCUUGAUAAGAAACCUUGUAAAAUUCCAUAUUGUCUGCUUUCCCCCAUUGUUAUCCUUAUAACUCCCUUCUCUUUUCUGUACCCCAUAUACUUGAAAAUCAAUAAAAACUUGCAUUAAAAAAAAUAAAUAAAUAAAAAUAAAAAAACAGUUAAUUUUCAGGGCGGCAGCAUUUAUGAAUCAAAACCUCGUCAUUAAGAUGGAGACUUUCCAUUUGAACUGGGUUAUGCAUACAACUCAAACCCAACUGCAUUACCUGAUCUAUUAAUCCGGGAUUUUAAUAUUCAGUUACUAGCCGAAUGCUGAGUUUUCACACAAAAAAAACCCAACAAAGUAUACUAAUCUGCACUACCCUGUAAGCUGAGCAAUAGGUGCAGGAUCCAAGAAAACCUACCUUACAAUGGUAAAUAAGUAAUAAAGAAGGAAUCCGCACACAAAAUACAGAAAUGUUUUAUUGCUGUAAAACAUUUAGAGAAAAAAGGAUGCUAUAAUACGUGUAAUGGGCAAAAACAAGAUGAGAGUACACAUAGCUGACAAACAAGCUCAAAGUAUAAUCAUACAAACAGUGCAGAGCGUGACAAUAUAAAUAUCCUGACACAUGGGAUAUACGAGUAGAAAUGGAAGGAAAUUGACAUGUACUGUUGACUGCUAGUGCUGUACAGAGGAUAGCCUCCUGAUUACAACAAUAUCAUAAUAUCUAAACCUGACCCUAAAAAUGCUUCAAAAGAGUAAAGUGUUAUAAAGGUCCUCUGGGAGAUCCUUUCAGAAAAUUGUAACAAGUAGCCAUUUUAAGAAAGAAUGAAAAACAAAAUUAAACAAGGAAAAAAUCUGUCAAAAAUAAAAGGAAUGGGGGGGAGGGGAGAGGGAUUAAGAUAAUAUUAUAACAAAGGCCACUUUUGGCUACAUUCCAAGGCCUAUAGCCAUAUAAGCAACAACAAAAAAAGAGGAAGAUUAGAGCAUAUCUCACCCAACGCACAGCAGUAUGUUUGUGGAAUCCUCUGGUCAAAUCCUGUGUGGAGGACAGGGGUAUUUCGAAUGACCGAAGGCCUUUGGAGGACCAGAGGGUUCUGCACCUUGGCCUCUUGGGUGUUCUUUCCACUUGUUACCAGUAAGCCAUGUUUCUGCAUGCCUGCUGCCUACUCGUAUUUGGCGUUUCAACGCCCCCUUACAACAAACUAACUUUGCUCUAAAUCCCAGAAUACACCUGCCCUUCACACACGACUCUACCAGAGCAGUCCACAAACAUACUGCUUUGCAUUGGGUGAGAUCGACCCUAUUUUCCUUUUCGUUUGUCCUUAUAUUUCUGUAGACCUUGGAAAGUAGCCGAUAUUGGACUUUGUUAUAGUAUUAUAACAGCCCCCUGUUUUUGCAUAUUUGGUUUUUUUAUAUUUCUUUUUUUUCUUCAAUACUCUACAAAGAAGCUAAGUUUCCAAAUUUCUUGACAUCUUCUGAAAGGAUCUCCCAGAGGACCUUUAUUUGACACUUACUAUAUAUUUUGUUGCUUUUUAGGGUCAGGUUUAGAUAUAAUAAUAAUAAUAUUGUAUUCAGGAGGCUAUCCUCUGAACUGUACAUGUCAAUUUCCUUUCAGUUAUACCUGUACAAGCCUAUGUGUCAGGAUAUUUACAUUGUUACGCUCUGCACAGAUGAUUGCAUAAUUAUACUUUAAGCGUGUUUGUCAGCUUUGUGUACUCUUGUCUAUUUAAAAAAAUUUGAUCCACCUGCAUCGUUACCCUGUACUCACUGCACAUAUUAUAGUAUCCUUUCUUUCCUCGAAAAGUUUUGCAGCGUUGGAAAAAAACUGAAAUAUCCUUCAUUAGAAAGUAAAAAUUGAUAAUUUUUGUAUUUUGUGUGCGCAUUCCUUCUUUAUUUCUUAUUUGAUUUUUCACACAGCCCUUUUUCUCCUAUGCCAGGUGGCUGUAGAAUAACCUGGAUCCUACAGGAUGUAACCUGUAAUCUUUAAAUUCACGAUUUGGAUUUUUCUUAACGUUAUUAUUAUUCUAAGUCUACCAGGCCUGACAAUGAUUGUAUUAAUGUAAAUGGUGGUUGGUUCAGCGCUUGGUGUUACUAUAGAAUAGUACAGGAUAUAUAUGAAUGUGGGCGGCAACCUAAAGUGAGACGUUCCCUCACAGUACGUCAAAGGAAGAGGAGAAUCAAAAAGAUAAAGAAUAUUAGGUCGCGCCAAAAAUUAUUACAAAUUAUAAUCAAACUAAUGUGAAAAAAAUGAACAAGAAGUGAAAAAGAUAAUGGUAUAAAAAGCUAUAAAAGAGCAACACAAAAAGUACUUACAUAUACAAUUGUAUAAUAAAAUACUUACAUAUACAAUAUUAUAAAAGAACAAUAAUAAGUCCUUGGAUAAGCUUUAAACGGUAAAAACCACUCGAGGAAUUGUGAAGGAGAUAAUGGUCCAAACCAAGAAGUGGUCAGGAAUUUCUUGUUCCAAAUGACGAUAUGUAAAAUAGAACAGAGGGAGAUUCCAAUAGUGUAGUCUAUAACUUAAAAUUCGUAUGUGUGGAUACAAGGUAGUAGGGUAUCCCACUCACCUAUUUAAGAGCUAGGACUAGCUCAGGUUUACUUCACAUUCAGUGGUAUAAAUCCCCCACUGAUGGGGUAUAGGCUUGCGCACGUGGAGAAAAUCCUCGGGAAAAGUGGAGAGUAACACAAAAUAGUGCUCACUGUAUAACUGGAUGUAGACGUAAAUAGAACAAUAUAUAUAGAAUACUCACAUUUGAGUGAGCAGGAAAAUACUGCUCACUAAUAUAACGUGGGUGGUAUAAUCCCCACCUAGGAUUCUUGGGCACAGAUAAAAGGUGCUUGAAAUAAAAACCAGGUCCAGGAAUAAAAUAAAUAAAAAAUAGAAAAUAAUAGGAAUAUGGCAGGAAGAAAAAAUGUAUAUUUCCUUUAUUAAUACAAUAUGAGAUAAUAAAAUACUAUAAUAAAAUAGCCAAAACGCGUUUCGCCACACAGGGCUUUUUCAACUGGCAUAUAGAAACAGAGACCUGGUAUAAACUAGUUUAUAUAAACUUUUUAGUUCAAAAUUGGCGCCAAAAUGACAUCAUAAUUUAUGCAUAAAAUGAUAAAAGACAUACAUCUAUGUAUAGUGAAAUUCAAAUUUAAAAUAAAAUACUAAAAAGCACAUCAAUAUAGUGGUACUAAUGUAUAUACACAUAGUAAAUAAUAAUACUUUACAGUGUAAUAAAAUGAAAGAAAAACCUAACUUAAAACGGUCAUAUGACCGCAUACGUCCAAUAACAACCGCACAUUUGGGGAAAUAAAACACAAAGAACGAUGGGGAAUGUAGGAAAUAAGGUGUGGCAAGUAAAAACAAGUUACUUCCGGGUUUCGGCGGUCACGUGACACGGCGCAGCCAAUGGCGCGCCUGCGUCACGUGUAUGCCGAGAAGCCGGCUGGGAAGUGUAGGCAGAUCAUUGAAGUAGCUGAAAGAUAGUAUAUCUGCACAGGCCAAAUGAGAAAUAUAAAUAUAAAAUAAAAGGUUAAAAUGACAGCAGUAAUAACUUAUUCAAACAACUAAGGGCUAUAUGAAAGAGAAUGUCAAUAAAACAUGGGCUAUAAUAAAAAAGAAAGAAAUAAAAAUAAGGAAUGCAAUAAAAUAUAUGUAAUAAGAAAUGGAAUGGGAUAAAAUUAUAAUAAAUGUUUGAAAUAAAAAAUAUAUGUAAAAAAGUGUAUAUAAAAGAUAUAAAAUAAUGGGAAAAAAAGUUAACCUAAAAGGUUAAAAAAAUUAUAAUUAUAAUAAAAGAAAAUAUGUGUAGCUUAUAAAAAGUUAAAGAGAUCGAAUUCACGAUUAAGACACUCAGGAGAGAGGGUUUUAAGUUGAAAAACCCAUUCCAUUUCUUUUUUACCAAGAAUCAAUGAUUGUAUUAAAGCUAUAGCACAACUGUAUCCUCCUUCAUAACAGUAAAAUUAUUGGGCAUCAGAAUGAAGAGCUAAAGUCAUACAUUCUUGGAGAUAUGUUCUUUGAAAAAAUAGUCAGAUUAGUGAAUGUGUUAUAGCUGCUAUGCCGUGUGUUGAGGAUUUUGCAUUGGUGACCUGUGUGCUUGCAUGGUGGUACUAGUAAGGAGAGGUAAAUUUACUUAACCAAAGCUGUCCCGCCUCAUUGCUAACAUCUUCCAGUUACGUUUCUGGCAGAUGAAGUCUUGAGGAGCUAUCACUCCUAUAAGAGCACAAUCCGCAGAUGUUUCACUAUGUGCAGAUGCAAUAUGGGAUCAGUUUUACAUGUUGAGAAUAUAUCCGUUCCCAUCAGCUGUUGUGAAUGAUGAUUGAUGGGGGAAUGUAAGACGAGGAAGCUGCCUUUUUUUUUUCUCUCCACAUUUUGUCCAGAAAAAUCCCAUUUUAUAAUAUGUUAUGUGAUUGUACUGGAAUUUUUAGUAUGAUCGUUCAAGCAGAAAUGACAACUUCAAUAGGGAUAAAUUCAUUUAAUGCUUCCCUCAGAGAAGUCUUCUGUUGGGCAAUUGCCACAUUUGAUUGGCACAUUUGGAACAAUUGCUGCAAAUGCCUUAGUUUUGACAGGAGAGGAAGGGAGACCUCUGUGACUGGCAACGAAGGCAUAAAGGAACACAACAAAAGUUAAAACCAUCUAUUGUAUAUAUAUAUUUUUUUUUAUUCUUUAUUUUUCUUUGUGCAUUUGAGUACAUAACAGAGUAGUCUGUAGCGCCACAACAGCGGUUACAGGCGUUUCAACGGUGUACAUUGUUAUGGCAAGAAUAUACAGCACAUUUUUUAGAUAAAACAGGCUAGGAACAUUUUAAAAUUUUAAACGUAUUAAGUGCAAGCUAGUUUUGCUCGUCUAUUGUGUUAGGUCUCGGUGGGGUCAUCCAGCUGAAGACAAUAAACAUACUAUGGUUCUAACAUAUAUAGAAGUGAUUAGAGUCGAUUAAACAUUGCUAAAGACAUCCGUCAGUGCCACGUCAGCUUGGAUAAGCAGUUUCACGGUUAGACAUAAGCAUGGCAUGGAGAUAGUGGCAGGAUUUUGUGUGCUGUGUGGGCAACAUAGAUGCAUUAUAGAGGUUGCACACGGCUGACCAAUUAAGCGCAGGCAAAAGGGGAUAACCACUAGUUGCAAGGUUUGAUAACAAGAAAAUACCCUUAGCUAGGCUAAUUAAGUGUGAGAAAAAUAAUAAAAGUAGAAUAGGCCUGUAUUAUGUAGCAUGUAGGUAGACAGUAAUCUGCCUAUAAGAUUGACAGGACACUUAAGGAGAUGUGUAUUCAAACGGUUCUGCCUUGCCUUACAGUAGAUAUUCAUCUCAAGCUAGGUAUAUGCUACGUAAACUUAAUCCAGACCAACAAUUCUGCUAUGCAAACACAUUUUACAAGGGUUAAAUAAGCAUAUAUUGCGAUGUGCAUUAAAUCAAAACAUCAUGGGUAUGUGGCUUUAAGCAGACCCACGAGAGAGUGUCCGUACAAUACCGCUUGGUAAAAUAGGCUGAAGGGCUUGAAUAGUCCUAGUCCAUAUGGUUGGCAGGUUUCAAUGUGUUGUCUGUGGUGGUUCGGUGAAGGAAGCUGGGUCCAAGUUAUGCAGCCCGGCUGCGGCCUCCGACUCUCUUCAUCAGUGGACUGUCUUGUUCAGGUGGGAGAGGUUGCUUGCUCCUCCGCUUUGUUCCCGCUUUCGCCAUUCUCACCGCUGCCGGUCUCGGUGUGGUCCGCAGGUAUAGCCCUGGAGUAUGUCAGAUGGGUAGUCUCCUCUGCGCUCGGCUCCAUUGUGCUGGCAGUUCACGCACGUGGCUUUCAUGCGGCGGCCAUCUUGAGGGGUACUGCUCAGUAAGUGUACCUCGGCGGGGUGGUUCUUCUAGGCCUGGUUAGGCACAUUGGUGGAUGUCCGUGUAGACCGGGAUGACCCCCCCGGUCCAGAGGGGGAGGCGGGGGAGCCAGCCGGCGGUUGGAGACCCGGGAGAGCGGCCGUCUCUUCCCGGCUCAAGCUCCCCCGUGCUUCAGGCCUCCAUCGGGUCACCGUUGGCACCAGGUAGGGUUUUUGGGAGGCAUCUCUGCUUUCCCCAACAGCUGGGGGUCAGUUUAGUUGCCGGAGUGUGUCGUUGGUUAGAUUUGGCCCCCAGUUAUCGCCGAUUUUCGGCCCUGAAGCGGGAGCUCAGACAGAACGCGUCUGAUCCCUCCGGCGGUCCGGCCCCGCCCCCUCCUAUUGUAUAUUUUUGAUGUUUGAGUUUUACUUUAACGAGAAUGAACCUCUGAAAACAUGGAGAUGUUUGCAAUUACUGAGGUUUUCUAAAAAUACAGUAUCAAUAAUAGUUUAUAACAACGCAGGUCUGGCCCUUACUGAGAGCAAUAAUGUAAUAUCUUGGGGAAUCAUAUUAUUGAGAUUGCUAUUGUUCUAAUAUUAAAUCUAUGCUUCACCUUUUGGAUGCCCCGUGUGCUAAUGAAGUGCAUUAACAGAGCAGCGUUCUUGUAUCUGUGUAGCCAUGUACGAGUUGCAUGUAAAACAGCAGCAGAAAGAGAUUGCAGAAGUUCAGAAAGACGAGGCUUUGGUUUUGCCGGACGAUAUUGACUACUUGAACCUUAACUCUAUGCUGUCACUUGAAGUUCGAGAGAAGCUGUCACAAAGCCGACCGCAAACGGUAAGAAGUUAAUUAUGAGGGAGAAAAAUUAAAAACUUUAAAAAAAAACAUUAUUAGUUUGAAAUAUGUGUUUCUGCCUAAAUGUAAAAGAAACUAAACUUAUUUGCCUGACACUUUUUUUUUUAAUCUCUGUUAUUUAGUGUCCAAUUUAUUUUCAUCUAUAUUUUUGAUAACACCAUGUUUUUUGUUUUUGAUGUUACUCUAAAAGUACUUAUAAAUAUACCACGUAUCCAAUAAAAUGUAUAAAAAUGCUAUUAAUAUUAGCUCUAAUAAUUUAAUAUAUACAAUGUAUGCACCCCUAAUUAUGUAGUGAAUAUAUAUAACAUUUCUGAAUGUAUAUAAAUUAAUCUCUUAGCUGAUUUUGUCCCCAACAGAUCGGUGCAGCUGCACGUAUACCUGGCGUGACACCAGCAGCCAUUGUGAAUCUUCUACGAUAUGUGAAAAAUGCAGUCCGUGUUCCCAACACAAUGAGAGGGGCAGAGGAAUUUACAACAUGCAACCAAAAAUGAACCUUUAUUUAGAAAGCAAAGCAACCCACGGACAAUGCUCCCCAAUAACUGUCUGUUACAAGCACAUGGCGUGAAGCUGGGCUAAUUAGUGCAAUAAGUUUAAAAAAACAAAAAGGAAAUUGAUUUGUUUUGUUAAAAGUAUGCAACAUGGUUAGAAAUACACAAAGAAAUAAAAUACAGUAAUCAAAUAAAAAUUAAAUAAAACAGUGUUGCUACAAUCACCAGUGUUAUGUCACCCAACAACACUAAUAAAUAAUAAGGAAAUAAAGUGAGUAGGUGAGAGCAAGCACAUAAAAUGGUAAAAUACUACCGCUGCACGAUCUUGAAUGGUAAACAAUAGCUGUUAAAUAUCUGCAAUAAAACAUAUAGUACAAAUCAUAGCGUAAUAUGUUACAGAAUGCAGCAUUUGAAAGUACCAAUUGAUCAAAUUCAUAUGUUGCUGGGCCUAUUCAGACUUUCAAGGCUCUUCAAUAUAUGUAAUCUCCAGAUUGCUUACUGGAUCUGCUUACUCCCAAGAACGUAACUUCCAAACUUGAAUAAGUGGAAAAAAACUAUUUAUUGGGCACACAGUGCAAAAAAUAAAACCGCAAGAUAAAAUGGAUAAAAUAAAUAGCACAAUGUGUUUCGACUCUUAGAUGAGUCUUUAUCAAGUGCAUAUUCCCGGGUUUAUUCGUGUAUUCUUUUUAUAUCCGGAUUCAGCUUUUUCCCGCUUGUAUUUUGAAUUCACUUCCGGGUUCAUUAGGUCAUACAACGUCAUUUCUGUUUUCCAUAUUCCAGCGGUCGGUGUAAUGGCGUUACGUCUGACUUCAUGACGUUGUUAGAGUCCUCUGAGAUGUAUAAAGUCCAUCUUUAGUACUGGUAAAGGGUAGGAAAGUUCAAAAUCUUUUAAUAGCUGGAGGAAAAUACAUAAAAGUCUGUAAUUACUAUCAAAGAAGGCAUAUUUAUAUAUACAUAACAAUAUUAGUAUAAUUAGAUAAGUCAACACGGACAAUAAAAGAGACACUUUUACAGUACAAUAUCUCAAAUUUGAAAAAGGAAGGAAAUCAAAUGGAUAUGAAAUAUCUUAAUCUUAAUAAAAGAUCUAUUUUAC